AUGGAGCUUUCUGACGCCUUCCGCAUCGUCAACUUGGCCACCGCGACCAUCAUGGUCCUGGGCGGCAUUGCCCAAUUCUUCAACUUCAACUUCCAGGGUAUCAUUGUUGGCGCCUACGUGAUCAUCUUCGGUCUCUGCACUGCUCUGCUCGAGUUCCAAAUCCCUCCCCAAGUCUCCCGUUACGCUUCAUUCCUCUUCUCUUUCGUUGGCCGCGGUGUCUUCUACAUUUUCAUCGGCUCCAUCCUUCUCUCCGACGGUGUCUUCAAGAUCAUUGCCGGCUCUAUUGUCGGCCUUAUUGGCGUCGCCUACGUCGUCCUCGAGUUUGUUCCCCAGAUCGAGCCGCCAGCCAACAUGCGCGAGGCCGACGGCGGCUGGGGUGCAGAGCAGGUGUAA